AUGCUCUACCCUUCUUGCAUAAUUGUGUCCUACGUGGGGCCAUCUGUGUGGUUGCCAUUGUGCGAGGUUCGUUCGUUUGUUCAUUUACGCAUUGUCCUCGAGAAGCAGCCGCAUAAACCGCACAGCUCUCUUAUUUACUUGAUAUGCACCAUUUUGGACUCUAAAAUAACAACAAUAGGUUAUCUGGGGCGUGUUGACAUGCUGCCUAUCCGUUGUUACAAACCCAUACCAGGUAAGUCUUCGUUGUUGAUUCAAUUUAAUUUUUAAGGGUGAACAGUCGCUAAAUAACGACUUAGAUAUACGGUCUUCGGUUUUUAAUUGGAUUCUUUGAGGGAACCGCUUGGCCUGCCUACUUCACUAUUAUCAGGUAAUAAGACGCAUGCCGUCCCAUAUUAAUUACAAUCAACUGACUCCGGUGAUAGUCAAUGGUACCUGCCCCACGAGGUUUCUCUCCGUAUGAGCAUCUACAACAUUGCGCAGCCCACUGGCGCUAUGUUAGCUGGAGCAAUGCAAGGGGGGCUUUCAACCAACCUUGAGGGCGUUCUCGGGCGAUCUGGGUGGAGAUGGGCUUUCAUCAUCAAUGUAGGACUUUUAACGCAACAUCUUUUGGCUGUUAUUAAUGACAAUGUAGGGAAUCUGCACCAUUCUAGUAGCCUCGGCGGCUUUCUUCCUUCUUCCCGGCUAUGUAAGUUGGCAAUGAGGCAGCAGAGAAUAUGCUUUAACUAAUAUCUCGCACAGCCUGAACGUCCCAACCCCCUGGCAAAGCUCUAUCUAAAGCCGCGGCACAUUGGUGGGUUCAAAUUUAUUUCCGUUCAAGUAUGGCAGUUUCUAAACAACAGCAGAGAUCGCCAUAGCAAGAAUCCGCCGAGUUGGCCGCAAACCGCAGAUAGGUAUAACAGUCAAGAGCUUUCUGCGUUGCUUCUCAUUCUGGCAACUUUGGGCCUUUGCAAGUGAGUCUCACAUUUUGCCUCUGCGAAACACAUGCAUCUAAACCCGUAUAGUCUUCUGGCCGAUGGGUGGAAACAUGGUCGUAUCAAGCUACUUCAACCUCUGGCUUAAAUCUUUAAAGAAUCCCGAUGGAACCGUGAAAUAGUACGUUUCACUAGAUCAGCCUUGAGUUUAUUUCUAACUAAGAUCAUGAAAAUAGCUCCGUGGCAAUGCUCAAUUACCUACCCAUCAUCGGUCAGGCCAUCCAAUUGGUAGCUGAGCUUUUGUUCAGUGGUUUCAGUGACUAUUUUAGAACCCGACUUCCCUUCGUCAUGCUUCAUUUUGUGAGAGCCGGCCCAAAAAAAAAUGGCAAGUUGGUUCCCUAACACAAGUGUAGGCUAUAAGCUUUACAUCCCUGGUUAUUAUCGCCGUGCGACCCGUGAAUGAGAAUACGUACAUGGUUGGAUGGUACAUGAAUUACAUUGGAGGGUAUGUGGAUUUCCCCCGUCCUACUAUAGACUAAUCUGACUAAAUUUGCAGAGUUUUGGCACAACUGGCAUGUGCUUGGGCAAUGGAGAAUCUUCAAGAAGAACCCGAAUUGCGUACCGUAUUGCUAGCCUCCGGGACUCUGGUUGCAUAUGCUUUAUCUGCCUUCGUCCCAAUAGCAGCAUUCCCAGCCUCGGAGGCCCCGAACUGGAAAAUCGGUGCGAAGCUGUAUAUCGGAUUUGCUGUCACUAGCGCGACUGCAUUUAUUGGCAUCUAUUUUGGGUUGAGGAGAGAGGCGCAGAAGAGAGAGCAGCGUACAGUUCAGGAAAUUUUGGUCGUCAGGCCUGUUAGUACAACUGAUAAAUCGCCGUCUCAGGUCUCUUCUGUUGCAGCGGUUUGA